UUGCCAACUGAAUGUUAUGUUUCAGAUGACGAACUGGAAAGAAAGCUUAGCGGUUACUUUACGUCAAUAUUUGACUUUGAUCAGAGCUCUUUCACGCCAAGUCCAGUGGCGAAGGAGGAAGAGCAGGCGACUGACGAGGACACCAAACUGCAAAUCGAUGUUGAUCCACAAGUAAAUCCCAUCAUGUUCAGAAAAAGUUUCGAUUACAGACGACCUGGCCGCGGCCGGCCAAAGUUGCUUGGCGAUGAAAUUGAUAACAGGUUGAUGCUGACGCUGUUGAAGAUUAAGAAAGACGGCAUUCACAUAACACCCAGUGUUGUGGCUUUUGUUGUAAGGAGAUUGCUGUCUACCCAUCGUCAUGGUUUGUUGAAGGAAGAAGGUGGCGAAUUUGAAGUUAGAUUGGCGUGGGUUCGAUGCGUCAUGAACAGAUUCGCUAAGUUGUUGAAAGAUAUUUUCAGCUCUAGCAUGAUGUUGGGGAUAUCUGUUUCUCUCUUCAAAUUCUGA